ACAGGGCGAACAACGUCGUUGGAAAUGUGACGACAGAAAUUCAUCCUGGAAAUGAUAAAGUUUCGCGAUGGCUCAGACAGCCGCAGGCCCGCAGCGCAAAUGCACCUGGGACUGAAUACUAGAGUAGAUAGUCACUAGUAGAUUUUGCAACAGAAUCUGUACUGUAGAUUUGUUAGUUGGAACUUGGAAGGAUGGGGGCCAGUAGAAGUAGCGAUCCGAAUCAGGACGGGUCGGAUGAGCAGCAGAAACGAUCGGAGAUCUACACGUACGAGGCGCCGUGGCACAUCUACGCCAUGAACUGGAGCGUCCGGCGGGACAAGAAGUACCGGCUGGCCAUCGCCAGCCUGCUGGAGCAGUACCCGAACCGAGUGGAGAUUGUCCAGCUGGACGACUCCAACGGAGAGAUCCGGUCCGACCCGAAUCUGUGCUUCGAGCACCCGUAUCCGCCGACCAAGACCAUAUUCAUCCCGGACAAGGAGUGCCAGAAGCCGGACCUGCUGGCCACAUCGAGCGAUUUCCUGCGCGUGUGGAGCAUCUCGGAAGACUCCUCCUCCGUGGAGCUCAAGUCGGUCCUGAACGGCAACAAGAACUCCGAGUUCUGCGGGCCGCUCACCUCGUUCGAUUGGAACGAGGCGGAGCCAAAGCGCAUCGGCACCUCCUCCAUCGACACCACCUGCACCAUCUGGGACAUCGAGCGUGAGGCCGUCGACACCCAGCUCAUCGCCCACGACAAGGAGGUCUACGACAUCGCCUGGGGCGGCGUCGGUGUCUUCGCCUCCGUCUCCGCCGACGGCUCCGUCAGAGUGUUCGACCUGCGUGACAAGGAGCAUUCCACCAUCAUCUACGAGAGCUCCGAGCCCGACACCCCCUUGGUCCGCUUGGGAUGGAACAAGCAGGACCCCAGGUACAUGGCCACCAUCAUCAUGGAUAGCGCCAAGGUCGUCGUCCUCGACAUCCGCUUCCCUACGCUUCCGGUCGUCGAGUUGCAGAGGCACCAGGCCAGCGUCAACGCCGUUGCUUGGGCCCCUCACAGCUCUUGCCACAUCUGCACUGCCGGGGAUGACUCACAGGCCCUCAUCUGGGACCUCUCCUCCAUGGGCCAGCCCGUCGAGGGUGGCCUCGAUCCCAUUCUGGCCUACACUGCCGGGGCAGAGAUUGAGCAGCUGCAGUGGUCUUCUUCUCAGCCCGAUUGGGUUGCAAUUGCUUUCUCCACCAAGCUUCAGAUACUCAGGGUAUGAAUGUGACCAAUCACUACCGCCCAGUCUUGAUUGAUGAUUGAUAUGACAUUGCCACAACCUCACUAUUGCAAUUUCACUUUCUCUUUGCCUUCUAAUGAAAAUGCUAUGUGAUUUGUUUCCUACCAA